UUGGAAAUGUCUGGUUUAUUCAUAGAUUCUUUGUUGCUAAAAUGUAGACUGGAUACAACGAACAUUUCACAAUUAAUCUUCCUCGGUUAAGUAGGCUAAUAUACGCAUAGGCUUCAGAACUCCAGCUCUGGAAACAUUGUUGCCAGUUGCAUGGACUAUGCUUGUUGUUAGUAUAUGUCGAGAUAGAUGGGCUUGGGAACACGCAUCAUCUGGUGCUUGCAUCUGUGGAGAGUUCGCUUCAUAUUGUACAUGCUUGCUUGUGUCCUCUACUCGGAAUGCCUAUUUAACACAGACCAUUCGACUCUCGAAAGGAAUCAAAACGUUCAUAGUUUGGUUCAGAGGGGAGAGCGAUCACUCCGACGCGCAAACAAACACCCCACCCCCACGGUAGCCUAGUUUUCAUUCAUAAGCGGUUUCCCCCUUGUUUUUCUAUUCAUCUCUAGAUCCGUUGAUUUGAUCCUCUGUGGUUUCUAUCACAUGGGACGUCUCUCGGUCAACUAAACCCUAGGGCAUAGACAUAUUUGAAGUAGCCUACACUAGGACUGUCGGUGUAUUUGUCCUUUUACAAUACAAUAAUUAGGCCGCCCGUCUAUCUACUGGCUAAACCUAGUUACUGUGCUCCGUGUAAGCUACUGUGGGGUUUCAUGAAGUCAAUCAAUUAUAGGGCUCUGCUUAUAAGCAAGCUGUCUUCGCGCAUAUGCCUAUCUGCAAAUUGUAUCGGUUUUUAAACUUGUUUGUAUGCUUGCGUCAUGUUGAUUAGACUGACAAAAUGUGUUUAUGCCUAUUGAGUAGGGUCCCGUUUGCGUUACAGUUACAAGAGAUACGACUGACUUUAUAGCCAGACCUACCACGGUUAAUUCCAGAAGCUGUUGAUAUUUUAAACCAGUAAUGGUAUUGGCUUUAAUUCAGUUGUCAAAUGUGCUUGAAAUUAUAUGGACAUAAAGUUGACACUAUUGUCGGGUUCUGUCGUGACCUUAGUUUUGUCACCACAUUUCCUUCUAACCGUCUAGUAAUCGUUUAGUAAUCGAAUAAUACGCGAGGCAGCUAAUUUUGUCCUAUUGGAUCGUGGCCUCGUUCCGUCGCCUUGGCACAUUUAAAUGUUAACCAGUCAUACAAAUGUAAACGAGGACGGGAAGUAGCCUAUUUGUACUGAAGUUUGGAUGUGUGCAUAUUGAGGAAGGUUUUCCGAUGCAUGCCAAGUCCAUGGUGAAUGUCGGAAGUGGUGAUCACCCCAGAUGGCGCUCCAAAGUCAACAUGGCCCUGGCGGUUCAUUAGUGGUGAUUCAGCAGCCUUCCCUGGAGGACCGGCAGAGGUCGGAUUACGAGCGGGAGCUCCAACAUGCCGCCAUCCUUUCCCUGGACCAAAUCAAGGCCAUCCGCUCCAGCAACGAGUACACAGAAGGGCCCUCGGUGGUCCGGAGGCCCCCUGCACCCCGCAUGGCGCCCAGGCCCGACAAGCAGCAGGAGAGGACUCACGAGGUGAUCCUCGUCAAUGUGAACAACAACUACGAGCACCGGCCGAUAGGGCAGGGCCACCAUGGUGGGGUAGUGGUAGUAGCCGGGGGCCAGCAGUGUAGCGCUAGGGCCCCGGGCCUUAAUCGCUCCACCAGUACAGGCAGUGCGGCUAGCUCAGGGAGCAACAGCAGUGUAUCCUCUGAGCAGGGACUCCUGGCCCGCUCGCCUCCCUCUAGGCCAGGGAUGGUGGCCCUCCACCAGCACCACCACAGAGCCGAGCGUGCUCAGCCUGUUCGGACUCAGCCCAAGGCGCUGCUAGCCUCCCAGCAGGGCUCGCACCCGCUGCCGCCACUGGAGGCACCGCUCAAGCCCUCAGGGAAAGGGGACAUGGCCUCUGGCCACCAGUUCAUCUGCGAAUGCUGCGGGAAGUGCAAGUGCGGAGACUGCACAGCUCCAAGGACCCUGCCCUCGUGCCUGGCCUGCAAUGGCCAGUGCCUGUGCUCGGCGGAGAGCGCCCUGGAGCAUGGCACGUGCAUGUGCCUGGUCAAGGGCAUCUUCUACCACUGUUCCAACGACGACGAGGGGGACUCGUGCGCCGACCACCCCUGCUCGCUGUCCCGCUCCCACUGCUGCUCACGCUUCCUCUGCAUGGGAUUACUGUCGGUACUGUUCCCCUGUUUGCUGUGCUACCCGCCCGUCAAGGGGUGCCUAAAGGCGUGCCAGGGCUGCUACGACCAAGUCAACAGGCCCGGCUGCCGCUGCAAGAACUCCAACACUGUCUAUUGCAAACUGGAGCGCUGGUCCCACCAGGCCCAGGAAAAGCCUUCCUGAUCCUGUGUGUGUGUGUGUGGGUAGAGGGGCGGGCAGUCGUUCCCCUGUGUGGUUUUGACAAUAAUAAUGAUGAUGACCAUAAUAGUCACUAUUACUAUUGAUGUUUAUCAAACAUUUUAAGCACCUCCCACCCACUUCCUUUUCUCCUGAUAGGAGUAAAGCAUGGAAUAUGAAAACCACUCAAUUCUUCUUUUUUUUUCUCCUUCCUUUUUGCAACAGGACCAUGUUUUUACAGACCAGUGUUUGUCUUCAAUGGUUGUUGUUUUUUUGUCUCUCUUCAGCUACUUAUUAACACUCUUUUAGAAAUAAUUUUCUGUUAGCUAGGCAGUGUUUACCUGGUGCUGUAAGCUUCAAGUGAGAGCAGCCUCUUACCAAAUCUGUGAAGGACUAUCUAGCUAGGCGAUAUGUAGCUGUUACCACGUGUUCAUAGCAAACAAGGAUUGUUAGAAUUCCCAGUUGCUACCCCACUCAGACCAUGGCUAGCUGGGUUUCUGUGCUCGGGUUGCAUUGUGGAAAGCACAUCCAUCUCAUAGUAUUCUGUUGGAUAUGCUUCUCCCCCUUCCCCACUCAUCAUUCACACACAUUGUGGCAUUUUUCCCCUUGUUUUUGUUUUGUAAAUUGUAUGCUCAAAUCCAUAAGAGUGAUCUGGCUUUAAAAAAAGAAAAGAAAAGGAAAAUGUCUUUUUUUGUUUUUGUAAAAAUAUUUAUUAUGUGAAGCUCUAUUAUUUUAUGAUAUUUAUUGCAAAAGACAGUCUUAAAUUUACUCAUGUCUGAAUAUAACAAUAUCAAUACUUACUGAAAAAUGAAAGGGUGGCACAAAAGAAUAAACUAUGUUAACUUUAAUGCAGAAAAUAUA